UUUGAGUCAACUUUGACAUGGUUAGAUGUCAUCCUUUGUCUUUAGUAAACAUUAUUAAGGUCCAUAUAUGACAUGAUUGAGAGAUCCCAAUUCAUUGUGCUAAAUUCCCUCCCUCCACGGCAGUAAAUGGCCGGCGAUUCUGAAACUCCUCUGUUAUUGGAGUCGGAUACUAUAGAUGGUGUUGUAGACUUUAAGGGUCGCCCAGUCCUACGAUCAACAUCUGGUGGUUGGAAGGCCGCUUCUUUCAUUAUAAGUGUGGAAGUGGCUGAGAGGUUUGCUUACUAUGGAAUUACUUCAAACCUCAUCAAUUAUUUGACCGGGCCACUCGGUCAAUCCACCGUAACCGCCGCCGAGAACGUCAACAUCUGGUCUGGAACAGCCUCCUUACUCCCUCUGCUCGGUGCUUUUCUUGCCGACUCUUUUCUUGGCCGUUACCGCACCAUCCUUAUUGCAUCCCUUAUUUACAUUCUGGCACUGAGCCUAUUGACGUUGUCCGCUACACUGCCUUCCAAUGUCGGUGGCCAAGCAAUUUUAUUCUUCUUUUCUCUGUAUCUCGUUGCAUUUGCACAAGGUGGACAUAAGCCUUGUGUUCAGGCAUUUGGAGCGGAUCAAUUUGAUAUCAACCAUCCGCGGGAACGCAGGUCUAGAAGCUCCUUUUUCAAUUGGUGGUAUUUUACCUUUACUGCAGGUGUCUUUGUCUCUGUAUCCGUCUUGAACUAUAUUCAGGACAAUGUUGGUUGGGUUCUUGGUUUUGGCAUCCCUUGCAUUGGAAUGCUAAUAGCCUUGUCUCUUUUCUUGCUUGGAACUUGGACUUACCGCUUUAACAUCCCAGAGGAUCAACAACGGGGCCCUUUUUCUAGAAUUGGUAGGGUGUUUUUUGUUGCACUCGCCAACUUUCAAACUACUCAACAGGAACCUCCUCCUUCUCCUUCUUUGCCUCACCAGCCUUCUCAACAAUUUAGUUUCUUGAACAAAGCAUUAAUUGCAUCAGAUGGAUCAAAGGAAAAUGGGAAAGCCUGUAGUGUUUUUGAGGUUGAAGAAGCGAAGGCAAUCCUCAGGCUUGUUCCAAUAUGGGCUACGAGUUUAAUUUUUGCCAUUGUGUUUUCCCAAUCUUCUACCUUCUUUACGAAACAAGGUGUUACAUUGGACAGGAAAAUUUUGCCUGGUUUUUAUGUACCCCCUGCUUCUCUUCAGUCCAUUAUCAGUCUCUCUAUUGUUCUUUUUAUUCCUGUUUAUGACCGUAUUAUCGUUCCUAUAGCAAGAACCUUUACUGGUAAACCCUCUGGCAUCAGUAUGCUACAGAGAAUUGGAACUGGAAUGUUUUUUUCUGUAAUUUCUAUGGUAAUUGCAGCUUUUGUGGAGAUGAAAAGACUCAAAGUGGCACGUGACCACGGGCUAAUUGAUAUGCCAGGUGUGACAAUACCUAUGAGCAUCUGGUGGUUGAUUCCUCAAUAUGUUCUGUUUGGAGUAUCUGAUGUCUUUACAAUGGUAGGUCUGCAAGAAUUUUUCUAUGACCAGGUCCCUGAUGAAUUGAGAAGUAUGGGUCUUUCACUCUAUUUAAGUAUUUUUGGGGUUGGGAGUUUUUUGAGUAGCUUUCUCAUCUCUGCUAUUCAGAAAGGAACAAGUAAAGAUGGCUCUGAUGGCUGGUUUGCAAGUAAUCUUAAUCGUGCGCAUCUUGAUUACUUCUAUGCUCUUCUGGCUGUUCUUAGUGUGGUAGAAUUAUCAGCCUUCUGGUUUUUCUCAAAAUCUUAUGUUUAUAAAAGAUCAGCAACAUAGAGUAAGCCACUGGAAGGAUAUGGAGGCCGGAAAAGAAUUUCAAACCUUGCGGUGGACCAAUCUAUUUGUAAAACUCACUGAUCAGACAUUGGUCCCCCGUUCGUUGAUCCAUUUUGAAAAGCCAACUUCGUAAGUAAAUUAAUGAAUUGAUUGGUGUAUAUGGUUGUGUUAAAGUAUGUAAUGUAAUGUAAUGAUAGCUGGAUCCCUCUUUUUACCAUGAUAUCAGGAUAUUCUAUUUUGUAAUGUUGUAAUAAUAUCUCAUGAUGAUUAAUGUUCUUCAAUCAAUCAGGACCAAGUAUGCAGGUAGCUUCUCCCAUUCAAUACUUGCUGCAUAUUCGCCGGGAAGAAUAUAGAAAGAACUUGAUUGAUUAAUUUGGAGAUGGAUCCAACAACGGAGUUGGAGGAACAAUGGAAGUAGAACUUGAAGAGUUUCUCUACUUGAUGUGGAUGGCACAGCAGAGAACAUGAAGUUAUGAUUGUUCUUCUAUGAUCACCUCUAUAUACACAUGUACUAUAUAUUCUCUUAACAUUUAUUGAGUGCACAAUUAACCGUGCCCGACUAA